GCAGCAUUCACGCUGUAACCAGGAUCAGCUUCGCACCUGGCAGGAGUCUGGGACAGUAAACAAGGAGCAGCCAUGGAGAAGAGUUACGUGUCCAUGUUCUUGCUGCUCAUUGUCAUCUCCUGUGCUCUGGCAAAGGAUGCAAAGAAGGAUACAAAGGACACCACUGCUAAGCCAAAACUGCCCCAGACACUCUCCAGAGGCUGGGGGGACCAGCUCAUCUGGACGCAGACCUAUGAGGAAGCGCUUUUCCGGGCCAAGCACAGCCAGAAACCCCUGAUGAUUAUCCACCACUUGGAAGAUUGCCCACACAGCCAAGCCCUCAAGAAGGUCUUUGCUGAACACAAAGAGAUACAGAAACUGGCUGAAAAAUUCAUUCUCCUGAACCUCGUGUAUGAAACCACAGACAAGAACCUUGCACCUGACGGCCAGUACGUCCCUCGGGUUUUGUUCAUAGAUCCUUCCCUGACUGUGAGAGCAGAUAUUACUGGAAGAUACUCAAACCGUCUCUACGCAUAUGAGCCCUCUGACAUUUCAUUGUUGUAUUCAAAUAUGCAGAAAGCGCUGAAGCUCCUGAAGACUGAACUGUAAGCAGAAGAAGGAAGCCCUUAAACAUUAYGAAGUUUUAUCUUCCAUCUCUUCUCCACACCUUGAUACUGGUGAAGAGAUUAUUUAGUGAUAUUUAGUGAUGUGUAGGGAUGGUUUCUAUACAUAAACAMUACAGUUUUACUUUAGCACUUUUGUACUGGGCAGCAUUUUUAAAAGCUGGAGGCUUUUAUUUCAAGGCGUACAGAAGAAUACUGUAUGAUUCAACUGUAAAAAUGUAAAAAUAAAUCCAUUUCAAGU